UCAGCUUGUCGAUAAGGCAGAAGUCACCGCAGACGUUUGUCUUCAGUAACCUGCAACGUGGUCUGCGAGGAGAAGGCGCCACUCACCGAGCUGGACUGGCUGCUAAAAAGCUGUUGUUCAAGUUUUUGUUGGAGUUUUUAAACCUUUGAAAAUGCCGGCCGGGACUUUAGAAAGAACUUCUCCAUCCUCUGUGGCUGCUACACCUGCGAGAGGAGACAACACACCUGAGAAACCCCGCACUCUAUCAGAGAACAGAAAGUCCUCUAAACCAAUCAUGGAGAAGAGGAGACGUGCACGCAUCAAUGAGAGUUUAGGGCAACUAAAGACCCUCAUCAUGGAUGCUCUUAAGAAAGAUAGCUCCAGACACUCCAAACUGGAGAAGGCGGACAUCUUGGAGAUGACUGUAAAGCACCUUAGGAACCUGCAGCGACUCCAGAUGACUGCUGCUGUAAAUACAGAUCCGUCCAUCCUGGGCAAAUACAGAGCCGGCUUCAGCGAGUGUGUAGGCGAGGUCACCCGUUUCCUGUCCACAUGUGAAGGGGUGAAUACAGAGGUGAGGACGCGCCUCCUCAGUCACCUGGCAGCCUGCGUCACCCAGAUCAACGCUGUGAACUUCUACACACCUCACCCAGGCUCACUAGGGCUGGGACAGAGCGGCGGCACACAGGUCCAUCAGAUGCCCUGCAAAAGCAGCUCAGCGUUGCACGCCUCUUCUGAGGCCAUGAAAAUGUACGGAGGAUUCCAGGUUGUGCCAACGCCAGACGGACAGUUUGCUUUUCUUGUUCCCAGCGCAGCUCUGGUGCCACUGAGUGCUCAGAGCAGCCAGCACAUGUCACCUGUUGCACCCGCAGUCACCUCAGACUCAGUAUGGAGACCGUGGUAACUGAUUUGCUAUAAAAGGACUCUAUCACAAGUCUUAAACACAUUUUGUACAUUUUGUGAAUGUUUUUAAAACCUACUUGAGUGGGAUGUUUACACACGUUUGUAUUUUUAUACAGUAUGGUCAUGCAUAGAUAUUUGUGGCCUCCUUACUUGCUUUGAUUUGCCUCUGGAGGUGAGAAACUCCUUCAGAAACUCUC